UUAUGGGAAGUGUUGAGUACAAUAAGUCACGUGACAAGGCAACUACUGCCCAUGACUCCAUGACUGAGGCUUCUGAGUCUUCAGUACGACUUCAGACAGCAGCCGGGCAAGGUGUCCAAGACAGCAGCGAUCCUAGCGGAAUGACGGGAAAGCGUGUGAAUGAAGCUCUGCUGUCUGCUGCCGAGAACGGCUCACUUCGAGGCGUUAGAGCGGCUUUGGAAGCUGGUGCAGACAUUGACUACGUCCAGCCGGGCAACAUUACAUAUGGCAGGGAUACGGCACUGUACACCGCUUCCUUCAUGGGGCACAUAGGCAUGGUGAAACUGCUGCUCCGCAAGGGGGCGUCUCUAACAAAGAGAGGUGUUAUUGCAUCGUCCUCUCCCCUUCAUGGAGCAGCGAGAGAAGGGUAUACAGAAGUGGUGGAGUUGCUGGUACAUCAUGGUGCAACGUUAGACGUACGGGACGGUAUACAGACCACGCCACUCAUGAAUGCCUGUAUGUACAAACGGGUCGACACAGUUCGGCGACUGAUUGAACUCGGAGCAAGAGUUGAUUUGGCCGACUAUCGUGGCUUCACUGCAAGGAGGUACUGUUUGUUUGACAUAGUCGGAGAAGUCGGAGACAGCGGCUGUAUGGAGAUGAUAAGGCUGAUACAAGAGGCAAUGGAGACCAAGCUGUUGAGAUGCUGUAAUCCUACGUGUGGCAAACCAGGCUACAGAUCAACCCUGAAGCUGUGUGCACAGUGCAAGUUGACCCGGUACUGCAGCCGUGACUGUCAGAAACAACACUGGACUGCCGGACACAAGAAGUGCUGUGGACAUGACGCGUACACCGGCGAGAGACCAGACCUAGGGAAGUUGGUCGAGGAAUAUCAUAGGGAAAAUCUAGUGUAUUAUUAAGAUCCGGAAACAUCGUAGAACAUGUAUAACUCAUGAAAGUCUUUUGCACCUUUAACGACAGCAUGAAAUGCCAUGGCAGUAUUGCUUUAGUGACUGAUCAUGAGUCGUGAGUUUCUCUCUCUCUCCUAAUUGAUUCGGUUACAUUGUAACUUGAUAAUUGAUAGAACCAAUGAUUGAGGCGUUCAAAAACUCAUUCUUUCCUAGACCUAUCGUAGAGUGGAUCUCGCUGCCACCAUGUACGGGGAUGGGGGCAUCCUUACUAAAUAGAUAGCUUUAAGCUAUGUUUGGGUUUAGUUGUUCAAAGGAAAUAUGUAACAAGUUGUUCGGUGUAAUAUUGCCAGCUGCCGCCGUGCCAUGU